AAUAUUGUUUGUUCCUCUUACUCAUUUUUGCUUGUUAGAUUUUUCUUUAAAUUCUUUUUAGCGAAAAAAUUGUUGGAAAUGGGAUUUGGUCCCCAACUUUCUUUGCUGCUUUGGAAGAAUUUAAUUGUUUUGUGGCGAAGCAAAUGUAUGUUUCUUUUAGAACUUGCAUUUUUGUUUAUUCUUUUGCCCGUCGUUCUGGUUGUUGUGAGAUAUGCUCCAAAGCCAGAGAUUGAGGAGCAAUAUUCUUUUGAACCAUUUCAAGUAACGGGAGAUUCUCUAGACAUCAAUAGAAGUAUUUCCCACAUUAGCAGCAUUGACAAAUAUUACAAUUGUGGACGUGAUGUUGAUAUCCAUCUUGGAUUUAGGUUUCAGUUAAAUUAUUUGGCAAUCCCGGAGAAUUGGGGUUUCUUUGAAAAAAAAUGUUAA